ACACGUGUUGGGAAAAAAAUUUGGCGCCUUGCACACUGGCCGGGGACCCGUUGGAUAGACCUUGAGCUCACGUGUGAAUCAACAGCUUUACCGACCCUGGCCUAUUCAUAAUACACCCCCCCUCCUUUCAUCCGAUGACGUCGUACAGUUAACAAAGACGGCAGGUUCGCGACCUAGGGAAAAAAGUUGGAGCGGAUGAUACAGUGUGACAGAGUGUGAGCACCUUGCCCGCACCGUAGAGCAAGGACCCACGCGGUGGAUCGGGCUGUGGUCUAUCAGUAUCAGUGAGCACGCUUUGAGACCACUCAGCGGGCGUAGUGUUUGCACGAUUUUCGCCGGAGUGGAAGAAACGGAAAGAGGAUUAGCUGGGAAAUCCGACCGUGUAAACAGGCGCAUAAACCCUGAAAUCUCCACUUGAAACAGCUUCGUGGAAAUCAACGCGGAAAGUCGGUUCAUGCAUAAAGCCGUUGCCUUGCUCUACGCAAACUGAAGGCCGUCCUCGGCCCUGUCUUAAUGUGAACCGUGUGUGUGACUUCAAGUGGGAGGCUUUCUUUACGUCAUCACUUUCUUCGUUAGGACGCUCGCCCGUUUUGAGCACUUUUUUUGUGAUCAUGUUGUGAGUGAGCCCACAGAACAAGGACAAAAAGCCUGCCCUCAGAAGCCAUAACUGUUCGUGGAAAACAAUCAGCAUUAUACCUGAAAAUCACAGUGCUGUAGGCUGGAGUUCUUUGAACUGGCGGAGCAGGCUGGAACAUAGUCAAACAGGUACCCACGCAUUCGAGGGGAGUUCACGUGUAUCCUGGUGCAUAGCUUCCAGUUAACUGAUGAAAACUGGAGUCCGAUCCGGAAGAACUUUGAAAUCAUCGGCACGUUGAAUCGUUUAUUCACCUGUCACCCCGGGUCACGAGUUGGCAUUUCCAUCAGUUUGUCGGUGUUAGUUCAAUCCACCGAGUUGCCAGGAAACACCGAAAGAGAUUAGUUUUCAUAUCAGGCCUUCCUGCAAGAUGUUUCCUAAAAGAACAGCUCCAGAAGUGCCGGAAAAGAAAGAGACAACUGUGUACGUCUUCGGGGAGAAAGAUGCACAGGUCGCAUUAUCAAGGGCCAGUCGAACCGAAGUGAAAAGAGCAGCGAUAUGCGCGUGCGCGGUCGUCGUGACAACCCUCAUCCUUGUUGCUGGUACGCUCGGUGCCAUCGCACUGUGGUUGUCCUUCCACCACACGCCGCACGAUGGUCACCACGUCGCUCACUACGACGGUGACAGAGACGAGAAGCCACUGUCCCCAGGCAUCGAAAUCGACGAUGGGGGACUCUGGCCCGUUGGAGACAUCGGCCAAGUUGACGUCACCGAGUCGAUCACCGAAGUGCCGGGGGCAGCCACGGGGGCCGGCGACAUCCUGAUCGACGGUAACGACCGUGGCUUCGGUCAGUCGGAAACCACGACGGCGACACCGAAGGCCGAGCAGACGACGGGAACCACGCCGUCUGCUAGCCCUCAUCCGGAAUCUUCCGUAUGGGAUAGCUUCUCCGUCCCGUACUCGGUGUUGUCCGAGCAGGAUCUGGGUGCGUCGUCCGACUACGGCACCAUCUCGUUCACCUGGGACUCUGCCUCGGACGCGGGCUCUGGCUCGGGAAGCGAUACUGACGGAGAGGACUACGAGGAGAUACCUUACAGGUCGUCCGCUACCUCGUAUUAUUCGUCUUCUUUUGUCGGAGAAUCUUACGACCCCAUCACCAAUCUGGGAGUUUACGAGGGGAGGGACGACUGGUAUUGGGAAGACGAUGCGUCUGGAUCGGGAUCUGGCGAUACAGAAACCAGUGGGGACGGAAUCGUUCCAGCUGUUGUCGACCCUUACAGCCUGGGCCAAGAGACCGCCCGUCCUGUCCCGAAAACCCCACAGGAAUUCACGGUGGUCCGGUACCCCGUCCCGGUGUCGAACUACAAUACUCUUUGUACAUCGGUAAGUUCUUGGAAUACCUGUGCUUUCGGCUUUUUCAAGAGAGAGGACAGGAUGGAGGUAAUUGAAACCGAUCUGCGCAUGAAACCAUUAAGACUGACGGUUCUCAGGAAGAAUGGCGGGAGGAUCUUCACGAUGACACGCGACGAAGACCAGGGGUACAGGGCCAUCUUGUUGGAUGAGAGUGGAAUUUGCCUGCUGACAAGACUUGACAACACUGAGAACCUGCACAUUCGCCAGAACUCAGCCGUGCCUAUCGUCGAGAAGCUACGAGUGACUCUCCCGGUAGAACUGCCCGUGCCGCUGCUGAGCCAGAUCAGUGGGCCCAUCAUGGACACGUGCCGGAACGUCCCCGUCUUCUGGGCCCAGCAGGUAGGCGACAGCGACGAAGCCAACUUCAUCACCAGAAUGCGGCGUAGCAGCCCGCCCUCAGCGGCUGGCAGCACCGACGGUGGGGUGGACCUAGGGGGCGGUAUCCACUUCCAGUGUUGCUGGUGCGCGUACGCCGACGAUCCGUGUCCUUGCGAAUGUGGGCGCUUCUAGUUGACGAUGGCCUCUAGUUGCCGUCGCGUCCUGCCUUUGUACAUAAUUUUUUUUACAUACCUGCAUACUAUUAGCUUUGUCACUGGUAUAUGAAUAUAUUUUUUAAAAAAGCAAUUCGACAAUCAUCCGAAUAUUUCCCCGGCGUGCCAGUUGUAUAUUCUUUUGCCAAAAAUGUUUCUGCAGCGGUGUACAUAGCCUAAUGUGAUAAUGUAAUUUCGAAACUUUAAACAGACAGCUUGCAUCAAUUUUUUGGCGGUAUUUAGUAAGCCUUAUCUGCUAUACGCAUUACUGAUUGUAUUGGAAUCAAUACUUUGCCGAAAAGUGUUGUGUUAAAUUGGUGUUAAAAUAACACCCUGGCUAUUAUCAGAGGGCUACACCAGACUGGAUGGGUGUCAAAUCAACAUAGUUUUUGCAGCUAAGUCCAGUCUAUAGAACUGUAUAUAGAGAGAGUAGAGCCAACUGCAGACUUUAGAACCAAAAUGGCUGUUACAGUUCAUAUGUGAAGCAGACUGCAGGAACAAGCCAAGUUCACACAACGUAGUCCCGCAUGACUGCGUUUCAGCUGAGCGGAAGAUAGGAUCUCAAUAUGGCUCGACUCGAGUGCUUGUCGUUGAAGCGUUGAAGGCACUCCUGACAAAGAAUGAGUGAUUAUUCGUAGGAAACUGACGAUUACUGGGAAGAUUGAUUACACCAGUCCUCAGUGAAUAAGCGGACAGAAAAAGCUUCCUCUGGGCUCUUUUCGGAUUGGCAUAGUUUCGGAAAAUCCUGAACAUAAGCGGGUAUAACUUCAGCAACAUGGAAGCGACAGUGCAAGAGAGGAAAAAACAGUGUUACAGGGCCCAUACUUCAAAGCGAUUAGACCAAACCGGGUGUCUCAUUCUUUUAAUUGAAGAGAAGAAUAGAUGUUUACCAUUUUUCUUUACCGUUUGAUUCACUAAGUGACAAAUAUGACUUUGCAUUCGAUGUAAAUAGGCCUACACACGUAAUAAGCAGCAGUAGCUAAAAAUGAAAACGUGCAUCGGUUAUUCACCAAAUGGGAAUGUGCAUGAGAACUUAUGCAUUUUUGGAACCAGUGUUGAAGCAAGAAAGUUUCCAUUUAUUUCACAUGGUAAUCGAAUGGAAACAAAAGACGACUGCAUUGUUGGAGCAUAAAAGGACGAGGAAAAACGAGACUAAAAUAAGUAAUUUUUCAAAGCUUCUUGAUAAGUUUUGUUUAUUUAAGGGUUCGACAUAGGCCAUCAGAGUAUCUUGCUGAGUCGCCAAUGGAAAUGCAUUUGCUGUACAUUUAAAAUGAUUACCUCAUACUUGAAAUUGUGUCACACCCGUUUCAGACAGGCGUUCUAGAGUCGCGCCAAACCAAAUAGAAUAAAGAGCGACUCGGGUCGACCCGAUUAAAUUUUAGUUUCAGUUAAACAAACUUAAUACACACAUUUGCAUUGGGUUAGGCUCAUGAGAAGAGUGACGUCUGAAAACAAAUCGCUCUGGUGUCGGUCCAAGCGCCUGUAAGUGUCGGUCUUUCGCCUGCUAGCAAGCCUGGUCGCUUCGACGUCGAACUGAAUUUGCUUUUAAUUUGGUUUGGCGUGACUCUAGAAGGCUUAUCUGACACGGGUGUUACUUGCUAUUUUGUACGAUUAUUGUCAGAAUAAAAAAAAUGUACUGGUUAAAGUG